GGCAUCAAGAGGUGGACAGAUGGUUUAGUGUGGAGCCCUUCGCGUAUUAUGGGCAAUUUUCUAAUUUAUCGUGAGCUCAACAAGAAAUCCAGUUCAAAGCAGAAUAUACGGAAACGUUUCACAACAUCUGAUCCUACUAGCCCUACAAGAACGUGUUCAAGUUUUGAUCAAUCCAGUUUCCAACGUACACGAGAGCGUCAACUUGUGGGCAGCUUAUCUGAAUUAUAUCAUUUCAAGGAGAAUGGGCUGAUUAAAAAAACAAUAUCGUUGGUUGUUUAUGGAUCACCGCUUCAUCUGAUUUCUUAUUAUAACCCUGAUGAUGUUUUGCAAUAUCAGCUUCACACUCCCUCGGUUGUACCCGAAUUGGCUAAUUUAGAGAUUUCUCCUGAGCUAUUAUCAAGACAAAAUUUUAGGAUACCGCCUAUGAUUGAACCAGACAAUCAGUACAGCAACAAGAAUAACGAGAGCAGCAGUGUCAGCCAGAGUAUGCUGUCACCACCUACGCCCACUCAAUCUACGCCGAAUACGCCAUUACCACAACAGAUAUUUAGACAAUACCCAUCUUCGUCUACACCAAUGCAAGCACCAUUGUAUCCAGAAAAAGAAGUAAACAGUCCAAAUAGAAUACACUAUCAACAGCAACAACACCAAGAAAAGGAGCAGCAAGGGCAGGAUAUCCAUAUUCCACCUAUUAUGAAUACAAACAAUACCUUUUAUCUGUAAUUUUUUCACAAUUUUCUUCUUAGGCUAAAACAAGCAUGAAUAAAAUUCUACAAAAGCCUUCCUCUCUCUUUCUCUCUUUCUUUCUUUUUAAUUAGAUUCACUUUUCUUUAUCCUCUCUUAUUUUGAGUCCAUUUAGAAAAAAAAACAACAACAGAUAGUUUGUCUAAAUUAUCAUGCAAUUGUCAUAAUAAACAUACUCUUGUAAUUCUUAAUUGAACCAUGUCAAAAUCAUGCCGCUUAUGAUAAAAGCUUCAGGCAAAAGAAUUGAUAACUAGUAUAGGGGUCAAGAAGAUCAGAAAGUGUCUGAGAAUCUAUUUCAG